UUUCAUUCGUUAUUCUUUUACAGAAUUGACUGUUAUGAUUCACUUGUAAAAUCUUGUACCACGUCUACAGCCUGAAUCAAAUAUGAAGGCGUUGAUCGACAUCAGCACGGCAUGUUUGCUUGUUUGUAGCAUACAUUUAGGUGCUAUAGCACAAAAACACAUACAACAUUCCGAUAAUCCGUCAACUUAUAAUAUUGGGGGAGUACUUACGGAUCCGGAUAGCGAGGCACACUUUCGAACAACAAUAGCGCACCUCAAUUUUGACCAACAAUAUGUGCCACGUAAAGUUACCUACUAUGACAAGACUAUACGCAUGGAUAAGAAUCCAAUAAAGACAGUCUUUAACGUUUGCGAUAAGCUAAUUGAAAAGCGUGUCUAUGCUGUUGUUGUAUCGCACGAACAAACCUCUGGUGAUUUAUCGCCGGCCGCUGUCAGCUAUACAAGUGGCUUCUACCAGAUACCAGUUAUUGGUAUAUCUUCGCGCGAUGCUGCCUUUUCCGACAAGAAUAUACACGUUUCCUUUUUGCGCACCGUGCCGCCAUAUUACCAUCAAGCGGACGUCUGGCUGGAAAUUAUGUUUCACUUCGGUUACACCAAGGUGAUUAUAAUACACAGUUCCGAUACGGAUGGGCGUGCCAUAUUAGGUCGCUUCCAGACCACCUCGCAGACAAAUUACGAUGAUAUCGAUGUGCGCGCCACCGUUGAAAUGAUUGUGGAAUUCGAGCCGAAACUGGACAGCUUCACAGAGCAUUUGAUUGACAUGAAGACUGCACAAUCGCGUGUCUAUCUGCUGUAUGCGAGAAAACGAGAACUGCUGUCGCGGCUACUGCAUCGAUCUACUCAACGCUCUUUCGCAUCGCAUUAAUUUCACCUUCGAUUUGGCACUCUCACCCGAUGGUCUGUUCGGUCAUUACACCUUAAAAAAUGUGAGUUCAUCCACUUCGGGUGCGAUAACGUCACGUAAAGAAUGGAGCGGUCUGAUUGGGGAAUUGGUGAAUGAACGUGCCGACAUGGCGAUGCCACUCACCAUUAAUCCAGAGCGUGCCGAAUUUAUUGAGUUCUCGAAACCGUUCAAAUACCAAGGCAUCACAAUACUCGAAAAGAAGCCAUCCCGUUCAAGUACUUUGGUGUCAUUUCUGCAGCCAUUCAGCAACACGCUAUGGAUAUUGGUAAUGGUAUCUGUACAUGUAGUCGCGCUGGUCUUAUAUCUGCUUGAUAGAUUCUCACCAUUUGGACGUUUCAAACUCUCGCAUACGGACAGCAACGAAGAGAAAGCUUUGAAUUUGAGCUCCGCGAUUUGGUUCGCUUGGGGAGUGCUUUUGAAUAGCGGUAUUGGCGAAGGCACGCCACGCAGUUUUUCGGCGCGGGUGCUCGGCAUGUUCUGGGCCGGCUUCGCAAUGAUCAUCGUCGCAUCAUACACUGCCAACCUGGCUGCAUUCCUCGUGCUGGAACGUCCGAAGACCAAGUUGAGUGGCAUCAAUGAUGCGCGCCUGAGAAACACUAUGGAGAAUUUAACUUGCGCUACAGUUAAGGGUUCAUCGGUAGACAUGUAUUUCCGUCGGCAAGUGGAAUUGUCCAACAUGUAUCGUACAAUGGAAGCAAACAAUUACGAUACGGCAGAGCAGGCCAUACUUGAUGUGAAGAAAGGAAAACUUAUGGCCUUCAUUUGGGACUCAUCGCGACUCGAAUAUGAAGCGUCCAAAGAUUGCGAAUUAGUAACCGCUGGUGAAUUAUUCGGUCGUAGCGGUUAUGGCAUAGGUUUGCAGAAAGGUUCCCCAUGGACAGAUGCGGUUACGCUCGCCAUUUUGGAGUUUCAUGAAAGUGGCUUCAUGGAAGCGCUCGAUAAGCAUUGGAUCUUCCAUGGCAACGCACAACAAUGCGAACUCUUCGAGAAGACGCCCAAUACAUUGGGACUGCAGAAUAUGGCUGGCGUUUUUAUUUUGGUCGCUGCGGGUGUAGCAGGCGGUGUUGGACUCAUUAUAGUAGAGGUGAUCUAUAAAAAGCAUCAGGUGAAGAAGCAGAAACGUUUGGACAUAGCGCGUCAUGCGGCAGACAAGUGGCGUGGGACCAUAGAAAAACGUAAAACCCUACGCGCUUCGCUCGCCAUGCAACGACAGUACAACGUCGGUUUAAAUGCCAAUCCUGGUACGAUUAGUUUUGCGGUGGACAAGCGUCGCUACCCGCGCUUAGGUCCACGCGCGCCCGAACAGGCUUGGAAGAGCGAUGCGGAUAUUUUGCGUAGUCGCCGCUACAUGGACGAAACCACCAAAGGCGUUAAUUCGCCUGCCAUACAUGUGCCAAUGUUGGGUAAAGUGCGCUCACCCGGCAACAUGCUACCGCCACGCAAUAUGCUGCCACCACGCUACUCACCUGGCUACACUAGCAACGUUUCACAUUUGGUAGUUUAAGCUUGGGCUUUUAGCGCUUACGCUGAGAUAAAUAAAAAUUUGCCAUCACCAGCCAGCAAUCCAAAUCAAGAGCGGAAGCGAAGAUCCUCUCUAAAGUGAGAGGAAAACUAAAAAAGUUUACGAACAGCAAAUUAACCUUCACUUGCAAAAAAAAAACUGGAGGAUGAAGACAAACCAGCCGACUUUGAUUAUAUUUUGUCUGUAAACAAACAGAAAUUCAUGGUGCCGCCAUGGAAGAAAAAAGGAAAGUGGGCGUUCAGUGCUCGCCAGAAACAUUUCUGAAAGUAAAUAUUUGUUGGUGGUAUAUAAAAAACCAAAGUAAACUUCUUUGUUUAUAUAAAUUUUUUUUGACUAAAAUUUUUCAGCACAAAAUAAACGUAUUUCUUUUCAUUUUGCUCUCACAAUUUUUUAGUGAUGCAUAAUUUUUGCGUUAUCGAACGGCUACUUGCAAUAAAUAAAUAAAUAACUAUUUCAAAUUUUUGUGUUGUCGAACGCAAUGUAGUUAUGCUUGAAAUCAGCUGAAACACUCUUAGAGAGUAGGAAAAUUGUUUUUUGCUUACUAAUGAGCGGAUAAUAUAAGUGGUUCUCUGUUCUAAGGGUCAAACUAAGGCAUGUCAGAAUUUAUGUAAAAGUAGCUAAGAAAUUUUUAAUUUACAAAAACCUAAGCUAAAUUAUAAUUUAGUGAGAGCCCUGCUCAAAAAUAUGUAUUUUAUAACAAGCGAGUUUACACUUCUAGUUAUAUUUUGUACCGACAGCAUAAUAUUUUUCAUUAGAACUCGCCUAAGCUAUUUAAUGCUCAUUAUUUUUUGACAGUUGGCUACCGCCAAAUCGAACGAAAAAUUUUCGUUGAGGUCCAAAUGUUAAAGUUAACAAGUUUUGGAUAAUGACAUGACAUAGUUAAAUAAGUAUUAUCUGCUAGCUGUAGAUUAUGCAAAGAAAAAAAUUGUUAGAAUUGAAUAAAUGUGCUUUGUGUGUCAAA